ACACAAUAACAACCGGUGAUUUGCGUGCAAAGUGAAUGGAGUGUGUAUAACACAUGCGAAAAAUAAGUGAAGAAAAGAAAAAUCAGUCACUCAGAUCAGCCGCAGCUAGUGGAACAAGGCGAAAGGAGAGAAUAACACAGCGCUGGACAAGUUUUAAUAGCUAAUUUAAGUGACAUUAAGUCAUAAAAUGUCGUUACCAUUUUUACCAGGAAAUUCCUUCAACCCCAGGUUGGGGAAAGAUAAAUUCCACAAGUCGCAGCACUUCGACUACAGUAAUGAAGUACCCAUGAUGGUCGGAGAACACAAGCCAGGCAUCGGAGGUGACAAACGACUUGGACAGAAGCUCAAGCCUGAGACAAGCAGCAUACCCCAGGGCCAAGGCAACUCAUCUCCGUCCUGGGUGGCCUUUGACAAGCAGGUUCUGCACUUUGACGCCUUCUUCCAGGAGGCUGUUCAUGAGAUGAGGCAACAGUAUCGCAUCAGGAAGUGCAAGAUCUAUUUCUAUCUUGAGGACGAUUCCAUUCAGGUCAUCGAACCUCUGGUUGAAAACAGCGGUAUCCCACAAGGAACCUUAAUCAGACGGCAUCGUAUCCCCCUUCCACCUCCAAAUGAUGACCAGUUCUACACAGUCAAUAAUUUCAAUGUCGAUCAGGAAAUAACACUUUACGGGCGAACAUUCAAGAUCACAGGAUGCGAUCAGUUCACUUACAACUUCCUCAAGAAACUUGGAGUUCGCAUCAAGGCUCCUGUGGAAACACCAGCUGAUCCGUAUACCAAUGUUAGGAAAGGCAUGGAUGAAUCUCAACAGCCACUGCGACCAUACGAAAAGGUUGACACACUCAAGCAGUUCCUUGAUCACGACCGUCACGUACUGCGCUUCUUGUGCGUCUGGGACGAUCGUGACAACAUGUUUGGUGACCUCAGGGAGUUCUACCUGCACUACUUCCUGGCAGAUGACACUAUCGAGAUCAAGGAGAUCAUCCAGCCCAACUCUGGCCGCGACAAGACUCCCAUGUUCUUGAGGAGAGGGCGCCUGUCGAAGGUAUCCCCAGAAGGCCUGAGACAACCUGGUGAGAUCACUGGCAGGACCGUACUCAAUGUCUUCGGACCUACCGGCCAUGGAGGAAGAUAUAUACUUGACAGUCUGAAGACUGGGGCUGUCCACUCUGAAUUCUACAUGGACCAUGAUCUGACAAUAGGGAGUACCAUCAACGCCAACGGGCGUUGGUUGACCCUGGCGGACUGUGAUGAUUUCACCAAGGAGUACUACACAAGGAAAUAUGGAGUCAAUGACUACAGUGCAGUGAACUAUAGGAAUGCUCCUGCAGGGGGGAGCAAGCGGGAGUGGCCACCAUACACCGGCUUCGGCUCCGAAGAAGAUUCCCUCUGCUCCUGCAUGGGACUCCUGCCAAAGCCUCCACGUCGGGACUUCAUCAAGUUCAUGGAGAAAGACAGACAUGGAUUGGAUAGCAACGUUCUUCGAUUUGUUGCCCGUCUCGACACGACCAAACCAAUCGAUGUCGACCGUCGUUUCAUCAUCUCAUACUUCCUGUCUGAUGACACCAUCGCAGUCUUUGAGCCACCUGAAAGGAAUUCUGGAAUCAUCGGAGGCAAGUUCCUCGAGCGUGGCCGCGUCAAGAAGCCUAACCAGCCGCGGUUUGCAACAAAGCACUCUGAGUAUUUCAUGGCCAGCGACCUCUAUGUUGGUAGUCGCCUCAAUUUCAAUAGCUACUACUUCAUCCUCAUCGAUGCCGACGAGUACGCAUUCAGAUACAUGGAGAAAAACGCAGAUGUGUUUGCGAUGGCAAACAUUGCUUUCAUCACUGAUAAGAUUGGUAAAAUUGCCUCUCAGCACAAGGAGCAAAUCAAAGAAUUCCUGAGACGCAACGAUCCCAGUAAUUCAGGACAUCUCGAGUUUGACCUGUUCAGGAACCUGCUAGUCCAGCUCGGAGGGAGCCAUCUAUCGGAGCACGAGAUCGUUGUCCUCGGCCGCUACUACAGCGACACCCAGGAUGUCAAACUCAGCAUGGAGACUCUAGUGUCCAUCGUGCAGGAGCAGCUCAAGAAGAACAGCUUUGAGAACUUUGCCAAGCUCCUGGAAGGCUUCCUGCAGCAUGACACAGACAAGUCUGGCUACCUGGACGCGGCCUUGGUCCGCAGUACCUGCAACGCAUUCCACCUGCCUCUCCCUGAUGAUCUCCUGAGGGCACUCCUAUCAAGACUUCAAAAGAACGAAGAUGGUCUCGUCAACUACAAUGCCCUUGUCACUCACUUGAACUGGUGUGACCACGCUGUGACGACUGCCCAGUACAUUCAACCGCCCGCCAAGUUUGACGAAUCAUGGACAGGCAAGGAGGACGACCGUGUCAAGAGGGUCAACUACAUGGCUCUCCUCCAGUCGGUGUUCCCAGAUAUGUAAAUGAAAGAACUUUUUGAAAGCUUGAUAUCUAUGAACAUGGCAAAAAGAGUAUCAAAGACUUUCAUUCUACUGACGAUCCUCUGUAUUGCAUGGACAAGCAACAUUGGUAGAUGGAUUGCUGAAGACUGCUGUUAUUUAUGUUAAGUUUAGAAUGAGAACACGAUGGUCAUUUCUUUGGAUGGAGAAAGGAUGGAAUGAAAUAAUGUAAAUUAUAAAAAUAUAAUCUGAUUGCGUGGGAUAUUGCAACCCUAUAGAUUGAGGUAUUCAUGUCAAUAAGAAAACACGUUAUCAACAGCCCAACUUAUACUUGUUAACUGCUCCAUGUUUUAAAGGUCAAACUUGUUACUUAGUUUGAUUUAAACAUUUUUUCACUUUGGAAGUUUUUCUCCUUUGUCAAUUUUCAACUCCUCUUGUCAAACAAGUUCAGAGUUUUACAUACAUGUACACUCAUUGAGUUCCAUGAAUUUAGUUUUUCUUAUCCGUCCGUCUGCAAGCCUUCAUGCCUUUUUUUCUACAUAGAAAUUUACACCGUCCAUCUAUCUAUGCACUUUUGAUGACACGAGUUAUGAAAACUUGAAAUAAAUUCUGAUUGCAUAUUCUGCCUUACUACCAUGCAAUAUAUUUUGCGUCCACUAUUUGCAUGCUAUUUCAUAAGCCAGAUGAUAGGCCUUUGAAAGUGAUAUACUAUUUGCCAGAGGCCUGUUGCAGAAAAGGUUCAUUUGAACGCAAUUGAAGAUUUAGAAAAAUCAAACAGAUUCCCAAUACGUGCCUCUGAAAAUCUAGUUGCGUUUGAUUUUGGAGUUGUGUUUGAUCAUAACUCUUUUUGCAACUGGCCCUAAAUCUCAGAUUAUCAUAUUGUGUAUUGAAUUCUAGAGUUAAAUUAAUAUUUUGUCUUGAUAUGGUACCUGUACUACAUGUACCGUUGCCUAUUCCAAAUUUAGGUAGACUCUUCUAUGGAAGAUGUAAAUAUGUCUAUAUGAAGAUUUUUUUCUGUGUGUAUUAUAUGCAAUUAAUGGAAUCUGCAUCCAUGAUCAUGUGUUAAUGUAUUUAUUAUCAGAUAUUGAACCAACUAUUGGCUCAGCAAAACUUCAGUGUCAUGUUGUAUAACUUAAAUCAAAUCAAAAUAUUUCCCAAGACUAUAAUUCCAUUCCAUUGGUUGGUUGAAGUCUUUAUAAAGAACCAUUUAUUAUGAAUGAACGAUAUCUACAUGUACAUGUUUUAACUAUAUAUUAUGUAUAUAUGCAACAAAUAAAGAGCAUUUCAAAGACUUUAA